AUGCACCACAAUCCGGCAACAGUAGAGGAACAGUUGAUACUGAAAGCAAUAAGAGAAGAAUGCCCAUGGGAGAGUCUUCCCAAGCGCCUUCAAACUACCUUGAGUUCUAAAGAAGAAUGGCAUAGGAGGAUAAUUGAAUACUGCAUAAAGAAACGACUCCAAUGGAACACUUGUUUUGCUCACAAAAUAGGCAAAGAAGGUGAAUACUAUGAAGAUAUGAUGCGCUAUCUGCGAAGGAACCUAGCACUGUUUCCAUACCAUCUUGCAGAGUAUGUUUGCCGUGUUAUGAGGGUUUCCCCUUUCAAAUAUUACUGCGACAUGAUAUUUGAAGUUAUGAAAAAUGAGCAACCUUAUGACAGCAUCCCUAAUUUUAGUGCUGCUGAUGCCUUGCGGCUCACAGGGAUAGGAAGAAAUGAAUUUAUUGACAUAAUGAACAAGUGUAGAUCUAAGAAAAUUAUGUGGAAGCUGAACAAGUCAAUAGCAAGAGAACUCUUACCUACUGAACCUGUGGACUUCGCAAUUGAGCCGUGGUGGGGAGCUUGUCUAGUCAACUUCACUUUGGAAGAAUUUAAGAAACUCUCAGAAGAAGAAAUGGCAACCAUUGAUAAAAUCUGCAAGGAGGAAGCAAAUUCAUUCAUCCUUUUUGAUCCUGAAAUUGUCAAGGGACUUUUUCGACGGGGGCUUGUCUACUUUGAUGUUCCAGUCUAUCCUGAUGAUCAUUUUAAAGUUUCCAGGCUUGAAGGAUUUGUUUCAAACAGGGAGCAGUUAUAUGAAGAUCCCAUUGAAGAGUUGCUUUAUGCUGUAUUUGUGGUAUCAAGUGAGAAUUCCACUGUUACUGAACUGGCAACAACAUUACAGGCUGAUCUCUCUCAGCUGCAGGCAGCUGCAUCCUUUGCUUGUCGGUUGGGAUGGGCAGUAAAAUUAAUAGACCCUGCAUCUAUUCUUCAAGAAUCAAAUAUGCCUGGCAGUCCUAAAAGUCUUCUCAGUGAUGAAGUAGGAGGUUCCCUUCCUAGUAUGGGCUCCGCCAAUCUGUCCACUGAUGGUGGCACUGUUCAACAAGGAGACAUUUUAUGGACAGAAAACUAUAGUCCAGCUGUUGAUUAUUCUCGUGUUGCUUUUGUUGUUGAUGCUAAUAUAACAUCUUAUCUUAUGAUGGGAUCUGUUUCACCAGGUCUUAAAUCUCAUGCUGUCACGUUGUACGAAGCAGGAAAACUUGGUAAUGCUAGCAUUGCAGAUCUUUGCAAGGAUCUAAGUACACUAGAGGGAACCAGAUUUGAAGGAGAAUUACAGGAAUUUGCUAAUCAUGCAUUCAGUCUCCGAUAUGGAGGUACUGGCACAAACGAAUCUCGGUCAAAUAUUGAGGACUCUAUGGAUUCAAGGAUGACCCAGGAAGAUUCUGAUUCUGCUGAACUGUCAACUGGAAGUACUGGUGAUGAAAAGUUAUCUGCUACUGUACUCAAGGAGAUAAAUUACACGGAGGAUUCCAAAUCAGAUCUUUGUGUACCAAAUGAUGAAAACUCAUAUUCUGUUGAAGGUUUAAAUGCUGGAAAAGAGAUGGCAAAGAAAAAGAGAAAAUACCGAGUGGAUAUUCUGCGUUGUGAAAGCUUGGCUGCUCUUCCACCAGCAACUUUAGAUCGUCUAUUUCUCCGUGACUAUGACAUUAUCACGUCCAUGGUUCCACUUCCUCAUUCUUCUGUUUUGCCUGGACCCAAAGGCCCCAUUCAUUUUGGUCCUCCUUCUCAUUCUUCUAUGACUCCCUGGAUGAAAAUGGUCCUGUAUUCUGCUGUAGGCUGUGGACCUCUUUCUGUAGUUUUGAUGAAAGGUCAAUGUUUGAGAUUGCUUCCUGCACCAUUAGCUGGUUGCGAGAAAGCCCUUGUGUGGUCUUGGGAUGGAUCUACGGUUGGGGGUUUGGGAGGAAAAUUUGAAGGGAAUUUAGUUAAAGGAAGCAUACUCUUACAUUGUUUGAAUUCACUUGUCAAAUACUCUGCUGUGCUGGUGCAACCUUUUAGCAGGUAUGACCUCGAUGAUAAUGGAAAACUUGUUACUUUAGAUAUUCCAUUACCUUUGAAGAACUCUGAUGGUUCAAUAGCAAACGUAGGAGAGGAACUGGGGUUAUGUGGCGAGGAAACCUCGAAGUUAGAUUCGCUUUUAAGUAAUAUUUCAAACAGAAUAAAUUUGUGGAGCAUCGGAUAUAUUAGCUUAUUAAGACUUUUUAAAGAACAAGAAUCAGAAAACUUUUCAGUUGAUGGUGAGAAAUAUGAGUGGGUUCCGUUUAGCGUGCAAUUUGGUAUUCCUCUUUUUAGUCCCGAAUUAUGUAAAGAUAUAUGUAGAAGAGUGGUUUCUUCUCAGUUACUUCAAACAGAAUUACUGACCGAGCAUCAUGAUGCAAUGCAAGACUUGAGGAAAAGGUUGCACGAUGUUUGCGCAGAGUACCAAACAACUGGUCCAACUGCGAGACUUCUUUACCAGAAAGAGCAGCCAAAGGAUUCAUCUCGACAACUGAUGACUUAUGCAAGUGGAAGAUGGAACCCACUUAUGGAUCCUUCUUCUCCUAUAUCUGGAGCCUUAAGUGAGCACCAGAGACUGAAACUUGCUAAUCGACAGCGUUGCAACACUGAAGUUCUGAGCUUUGAUGGUAAUAUACUCAGAUCAUAUGCUCUGGCUCCUGUUUCUGAGGAUGCCACUCGAUCCGUUGAAAAUUCCACUUCCGUAGGUGCUUGCUUGCAGGCUCGUCAACCUGUCUCCUUAAUAUCUGAGGCCUCUGCAGCAUCUGCUGCUUCUGCAGUCAAUUAA